GUGUUACCGAGCCAGUGCUGGAAUGAGUGGGGAUCGGGGAGCCGGGCAGUGAGUGAACUCCGUACAGAACUACACCAGGAUUUGCUGCUCUGCACGAGACUGCGGAGGACGAAAGGACGAGAGAAGAUCCAUUAAUUGUCUGAAGACACAAAAAAAACCUGUACCAUGGAGCACAAGGAAACCCAUACGGUGAAAGAAACUGUAGUGACACGGACCGUGAAGCAGACUGUUAUACGUGGAACAAAAAAGGUGGAAUCAAAUUUCCAAAGCCGUGAGACCUCGCAUGGAAUCGUCUCCGGCCACGAUGCAGCCUCGCGCGUUGAGACCUCACAGGAGGUCGGCCUUUCCAAAACCUCGAACGCCAUUGCCGGCUUCCUAGUGGAGAGCACCAAGGAAAAAGUUGGCAUCUAUCAAGCCUUGCUAAAGAAGCUGGUCUCAGAGGAGGUGGCUUGUGAACUACUAGAAGCCCAGGCUGCUACUGGCAACGUCAUUGAUCCAUCGACUAACCAAAAGCUGUCUGUUGAAGCAGCCAUAGAAAAAGGAAUCGUUGGCGUUGAGUUCCAAGAAAAGUUACUCUCAGCAAGCAAAGCUGUAACCGGCUACACAAUCAAAAACGAAACUUUAUCUCUGUUCCAGGCGUUCAAAAAGGGUGUCAUUGGAAAAAACAACACAAUUCGGUUCCUCGACGCUCAAGUAGCUACCGGCGGCGUUAUCGAUCACGUCAGUGGACGCCGGGUACCGUUAACAGAGGCCAGAACACUUAACCUCAUAGAUGAAGAUAUGUUCAAAAUACUCUCCGGAACAAGUGAAUCUUCCAAAUGCUACUUGGACCCUAACACACAAGAGGAGUCAACCUAUCAAUAUUUACUUUCCAAUUGUGUCAUGGAUGCAGAGACUGAAUCCCCGCUGCUUCCUUUAGAAGACACCUUACAGGGACUGAGAAAGGGUGUGACGUCCACACAGCUUUUCAAGGCCAAGAUUAUCAAUCAAGCUCUAUACAAUGAUAUCAAGAACGGAAAACAGACUUUGGAGAUGGUGGGUCAACUUCAAGAAGUCAAGCAGUACCUGCAUGGGCUGGAGAGCAUCGGUGGCAUUUAUAUAGAAAGCACCAAGGAGAAGAUGAGCAUAUACCAAGCCAUGAAGAAGAAUGUGCUUGGGUCUGAUGUGGCGGUUCCUCUCCUAGAAGCUCAAGCUGCCUCUGGGUACAUCAUAGACCCAGUGCAAAAUAAAACAUUCUCUGUCACCGAAGCCAUCCAGGAAGGUCUUGUUGGACUAGAACUCAAAGAGAAGCUACUGGCCGCUGAGAAAGCAGUGACUGGGUUUGUUGAUCCAUAUACAGAGAGAAAGAUUUCCCUUUUUCAAGGUAUGAAGAAAGAGCUCAUCGACAAGAAACAAGGUGAAAAUCUGCUUGAAGUCCAGGUAGCCACAGGUGGCGUCAUCGAUCCCGUCCACGGCUUCCGUGUCCCAUUGGAAGUUGCUCGUGCCCGAGGUUUGAUCGAUGAGGAAACGGCUCAAGCGAUAUCGGACACAAUUAAUGGCCCCGAAGGGUUCGUGGAUCCAAACACCAAUGACAACGUCAGUUAUCAAGAGCUCCGGAAGAGGUGCACAGUGGACGCCGACUCAAACCUAUACCUUUUCCCUCUGAAAGUCACUUUUCAAGGCAUAAGAGGCAAUGUUACCAGCGAUGAAUUGUUGGAUUCUAUGAUCAUUGAUAAGGAAACAUACGAACAGCUGCAAGAAGGCAAGAUUUCCGCAAAAGAUGUUUCUGAAACGGAGAAAGUGAAACGGUUCCUUCGGGGGACGGGGUGCAUCGCUGGAGUGGCCAUUGUUUCUACCAAUGAGAAGAAAAGCAUUUAUGAAGCCAUGAAAGAACACUUUCUCAUGCCUGGAACCGCCAUUGCUUUGCUGGAAGCCCAAGCUGCCACGGGGUAUUUGCUCGAUCCUGUGAAAAAUGUAACAUUCACCGUGGAUGAUGCCUUAAAGAAUGGCUUGGUUGGACCAGAGAUCCAUGAAAAGCUACUUACUGCCGAAAAAGCUACAACCGGUUACAAGGAUCCGUACACAGGAGAAAAACUUUCACUUUUCCAAGCGUUGAAAAAAGGUUUUAUCACGAAAGACUAUGGACUCCAUCUCCUGGAAGCACAAAUGGCGACGGGUGGAAUCAUCGAUCCCAUAAAGAAGCAUCGUAUUUCGGACGAGCUGGCGUACAAGCGCGGCUACCUUGAUCCUGAAACGAAUAACAUCUUGCACAGCGCGUCUGAUGAGAUAAACGGAUUUUUUGACCCAAAUUCAAAAGAAAAUGUCACAUACCGGCAGUUGUUGGAGAGAUGCCUGGUCGACUGCCAGACGGGCCUUUAUCUGGUUCCAGUGUUUGAAACACAAGACGCGCUCCAGACAAUGCAUUCGUUCAUAGAUUUCCAGACGAAACUUGCUUUGAAAAACAAAAAAAUAACUAUGAACUUUGGCAAAUACAAAGGACAAGUUGUGUCGCUGUGGGAACUGCUCUUCUCCGACUAUUUCACGGUCGACCAGAGAGAGUCUCUGAUCAAACUAUAUGAAUUGGGGAAUAUUUCACCAGAAGAACUAUCUGCUAAGGUCAAUACCACCAUAGAAGAACUGGUGUCCAACACCAAGAUCACGUUUGAAGGGUUGAGAGAAUCUGUUACUCCGGGGCAACUGCUGAACUCUGAAAUUAUCGACCGGGAUUUGUUCGAAAAGCUACAACAAGGAGAAGCUUCGGCUAAAGAUGUGGUGAAUAUUGACACCGUGAAGAAAUAUCUGUACGGCACGGGAAGUAUCGGCGGGUUGAUUCUUACGGAUACUCAGGAAAAAAUGAGUAUUUACCAAGCGAAGCGAAAAGGCUUUUUACGUCCUGGAACUUCGCUGAUCCUCCUGGAAGCCCAAGCAGCCACGGGCUUCGUCGUAGAUCCUGUGGCGAAUAAGAAGUUUUCUGUCGACGAAGCCCUCAAAGCAAGCGUAAUUGGGCCGGAGUUCUACGAGAAGCUGUUGUCUGCCGAGAAAGCUGUUACUGGCUACAAAGAUCCUUACACGGAGGAAAUCAUCUCUCUGUUCCAGGCCAUGAGCAAGGGCUUAAUCGUGAAAGACCACGGGAUCCGACUUCUAGAAGCCCAGAUAGCCACCGGAGGCAUUAUUGACCCGAUAAAUAGCCAUAGGAUUCCCGUUGAAGUUGCCUAUAAACGUGGGUUCUUUGACAAGAAAAUGAAUUUAAUCCUCUCAGAUCCAAGCGAUGACACCAAAGGUUUCUUUGAUCCGAACACCAAUGAAAAUCUCACCUACCUACAGCUGAAGGAAAAAUGCAUCACUGAACCAUCGACAAACCUCUGCCUCCUUCCUCUGCACCACAAAAAGAUCCACUUUAGCGUUAAUGAUUACGUCAAGGAGUCGUUCAGGAAUCUAGAAAUUUACGUGAGAUACGGAAGAUUCAGGGGUCAGACGGUAUCGGCGUGGGUCCUCAUUAACUCUGAGUACUUCACGGAAUGGAAGAGGAGGGACCUGAUAGAGAGGUUCAGACUAAGAAAAGCUACGCUCGAGCAAAUUGCCAUCUUGAUUGAAGAGGAAUUGAAAAGAUGGACUGAGAUUCGUUUCCCGGCCCUCAGAGGGCAGGUAAACCUGUACCAGCUCCUGGAGUAUGAAAUCAUUGACAAAGAGCUGUUUGAACAGGUUCUGCAUGGAACGUUGGCUGCAGAAGACCUAUUAAAAUUGGAGACGGUUCAGAAGUGCUUGCAUGGUUCCGGUGUCCUUGGCGGGGUCAUCAUUCAACCAUCUAACCAAAGAGUUGACUUUUACGAGGCAGUGAAGAAGAAUAUCCUGCAGCCUAGAACAAUUCUACCAUUGCUUGAAGCUCAAGCUGCCACCGGACACAUAAUCAAUCCGGUGAACAACCAGAAACUAUCCGUAGACGAAGCGCUCAAAGCUGGCAUCAUUGACCCUAAAUUUUAUGACAAACUACGUUCUGCAGAAGAAGCUGUUACCGGGUACAAAGACCCAUACACGGGAAAGAAGAUCUCGCUUUUCCAAGCCAUGAGAAAAGGCCUUGUGGAUGAAAAACGUGCCACGCAGCUCUUGGACGCCCAACUGGCUACAGGUGGAAUCAUUGAUCCCAUUAAUAAAUUACAUCUGCCGGAUUCUGUGGCCACAAAGCUUGGCUACAUGAAUGAAGAAAUGCAUCAAAACUUAUCCAAGUCCACAGACGCCAAUAAAUCCUACUAUGAUCCCACCGCCAAGCAGAUGGUGACUUACUCAGAACUCAUCGGUCGCUCGCAGAAAGAUACCAAUACAGGCAUUUAUCUGUUCCCGUUACCCCAAGACUUUGUCGAGGUCCCAGCAGAUAACAUAUAUUCCGACGACGAAGUAAAGCGGGCGUUAAGAAGCGUCAGAAUUGAAGAACGCAACGCAACAUUGUGGGAUCUGAUACACUACGGAUACUUCACCGAGGAACAGAGAAAUGACAUUUUGGAAAAAUACAAGUCAAAGAAAGCAACGUUACAGGAAGUGAGAUCAGAAAUCCUGCAAAUCGUCAAGGACAACGAGACCAAGAAGACCACUCAUAUUAGUUUCCGAGGUCUGCGGGGAAAAGUUCCGGCCGUUUGGCUCCUCGAUUUAGGAAUUAUCAGCCAAAAAUCUUUUGAGGAACUUGUACAGGGCUCGACAACCAUCGAUGAAGUAUCACAGCUGGAAAGUGUUAAGAAAUGUUUGGAAGGCACGGGAUGCAUCUCUGGGGUUUUCCUACCGUCUACAAAGGAGAAAUUAAGUAUUUACCAAGCAAUGAAGAAAAACCUAAUCCUGCCUGCUAACGCACUCAUGCUUUUGGAAGCCCAAGCUGCCACGGGGUUUAUAACGGAUCCAGUAGAGAACCAGAAACACUCCGUGGACAGCGCUGUGAAAGCUGGCGUUGUAGGACCAGAACUACAUGAAAAGCUCUUGAGUGCAGAAAGCGCACUGACCGGAUACACAGACCCAUAUACCGGGAAGAAAAUCUCCCUGGGACAGGCUAUAGGCAAAGAUCUUAUACCCCAGAAAGAAGGAGUACCACUGCUUCAGGCUCAGCUAGCAACCGGUGGAAUCAUCGACCCAAUCCACUGCCAUUACGUUCCGUUACAAAUGGCUUACAAGCUUGGUUUUCUGGAUGAAGAGAUGCACCUGUCCAAGUCCGCAGAGGACCUAAAAAUAUAUGUUGAUCCAAACAGCAAAGAGAUGCUGACUUACGGUCAGCUGAAAGAACGAUGCCACCAGGACCCAGAAACCGGCCACCUGCUCUUGCCCCUCUCAGAAAGUGCUGCUUUCUAUACUGAUGCCCACAUCAUCGAAAUCCUAAAAUCUCAUACAAUCAACGUCCAAGUUGGGAGAUUCAAAGGUCAAACAGUCUCCGUCUGGGAACUUCUGAACUCUGAAUACAUCAGCAUUGCCAAACUGAAAGAACUGGUAGCCAUCUUUAAGAACGGCAGUUCUGGAGCAAUUCAAGACAUCAUAAAAAUGAUCACCACUCUGAUUGAGCAGACGGAUACAACCAGCACGAAGAUCAAGUUUAAAGGUCUCCGAAAGCAGGUAUCUGCAAGUGAUUUGUUCCAGUCGGAAGUCAUAGACAAGAAAACCCUCGACGAGCUUAACAUGGGAAAGAAAACCAUUGUGGAAGUGACAGAAAUGGAUAACGUUAAGCGCUACCUUCAGGGUACGAGCUGCAUCGCUGGGGUGCUCAUACAAUCCACCAACAAGAAAAUGAGUAUUUAUGAAGCAAUGCUCAAAAAGAUUCUGAGGCCUGGCACCGCCCUGGUGCUAUUAGAGGCCCAGGCGGCCACCGGAUUCAUGGUUGAUCCCGUGAAGAAUGAGAGGCUUUCCGUGGAAGAAGCCUUGGCCAGUGGGCUGGUCGGACAUGACAUUUAUGCAAAGCUGCUCUCCGCAGAGCAAGCGGUAACGGGAUACACAGAUCAUUACACCGGAGAAAAAAUCUCCCUCUUCCAAGCAAUGAAAAAGAACCUUAUUGUCGACUGUCACGGGAUCCGUCUGCUAGAGGCACAGAUUGCUACGGGGGGCAUAAUUGACCCCGUGCACAGCCACCGAAUUCCAGUAGAGGUGGCUUACAAACGUGGCUACUUCGAUGAGGAAAUGAACCAGAUCCUCUCCGACCCCAGCGAUGACACAAAAGGGUUCUUUGAUCCCAAUACUCACGAGAACCUCACGUACCUGCAACUUGUAGAGAGAUGCGUGCAGGACCCUCAGACUGGACUUUAUCUCCUACAGGUGGUUAAGAAGGGCGAGGACUACUUCUAUUUCACCGACAAAAUUAAACAAUCUUUAGGGUCAAUAAAAAUUCAAAUACACCUCGGAAAGUUCUCAAAUCGAACAGUGUCUAUCUGGGAGAUUCUUACCUCCGAGUAUAUCUCGGAUCUUAAACGGAGAGAACUGGUAAAGCUUCACACAAUGGGGGUGCUCUCUACAGAGCAGCUGAUAUCUAGCUUGACCGCUCUUAUACAGGAGUAUGAAAUCAAAAGCAGCAGCGUGAGGUUUAAGGGGAUCAGAGGAGAAGUGGCCGCCACCAGUUUAUUCAGCGCAGGCAUCAUCGACAAAAAGACCCUCGAUGAUCUGACAGACGGACGGAGAACGGUGCAAAGCGUGGCCGAGAUGGACUCUGUAAAAAGAUUUUUAGAAGGUACAAACAACAUUGCGGGUAUUAUUCUUCUACCGAGUAACGAGGCCAUCAGCAUCUCAGAAGCCAUUAACAGAGGCAUUCUACAAAAAGAUGUGGGUCUUACUCUCCUGGAGGCCCAAGCUGCCACUGGUUUUCUUAUAGAUCCCAUAAAAAACGAGAAAUUCUCUGUCGCCGAGGCAUUGUCUGCUGGCUUAAUUAAGACUGACAUACAAGAUCAGCUUAAAACUGCGGAGAACGCAGUGACUGGAUUUGUAGAUCCUGUGAAUGGAAGCAAAAUGUCUCUGUUUGAAGCCAUCAAGAAAGGAAUGGUCAACAAAGAAGAAGGAAUUUACCUCUUGGAGGCCCAACUUGCCACCGGUGGAAUCAUUGACCCUGUUUAUAGCCACAGAGUUCCCUUGGAAGCGGCGUAUCAGAGGGGUUACUUAGAUGAAGAUACUUACAUCAUAGUAUCGGACGCCAUUAAUAGAAAGAAAGGAUUUGUUGACCCCAAUACGCAUGAAACAAUUUCCUAUGAGAGUUUGCUGGAGAGGUGCAUUAAAGACCCCAAAACUGGACUGUAUUUACUUCAGUUGGCCGAAAAACGCGAUGAUUACUUUUAUAUCGAUGACCCGACAAAAAAUAUCCUGGCAUCUACCACGGUCCAUAUAAACGCUGGGAAUUUUAAAGGCAGAGAUGUUUCACUGUGGGAGCUUCUCUGCUCUGCUUACAUCUCAGAAGACAAAAGAAAAGAAUUUAUAAAGUUAUACAAAACUAAGACAUCGGGGGCCAUCAAGGACAUCAUUAGUGACAUUUUUGCAAUUAUUAAUGAAAGGGAACAAAGCCAGGAUGACAUCUGGUUUCAGGGACUAAGAAAACAAGUUAAGGCAAUCGAGUUGUAUAAUGCUGGAAUUAUCGACGGACAAACCCUCGAUGGUUUGAAACAAGAUCCACAGACAGCAAGCCACAUCGCUCAAUUAGAUAAUGUCCGGAGAUACCUUGAAGGAACCAGCUGCAUUGCCGGGGUGUUUGUACCUUCUAAAAAUGAUCCCGCCAAAAAGGAAAAGAUGACCAUCUAUGAUGCGAUGUUGAAGCGCAAGCUGAGACCAGGGACGGCGCUCGUUCUCCUCGAGGCUCAGGCAGCUACUGGGUUUGUAAUUGACCCUAUCAAGAAUCAGAAACUUUCUGUAGAGGACGCUUUAUCUGCCGGACUCAUUGGCCAUGAGAUUUAUAAUAAGCUCCUGUCUGCAGAGCGAGGAGUCACUGGCUACACCGACCCCUACACGGGACAGAAAAUUUCUCUUUUCCAGGCCAUGAAGAAAGACCUCAUUGUAAAAGAUCAUGGCAUCCGUCUACUGGAAGCUCAGAUUGCCACCGGUGGCAUCAUCGACCCAGUUCACAGUCAUCGUGUGCCUGUAGAGGUGGCUUACAAACGGGGCUACUUUGAUGAAGAGAUGAAUCAGAUCCUCUCCGAUCCGUCCGAUGACACCAAGGGUUUCUUUGACCCCAACACUCAUGAGAACCUCACAUACAUGCAGUUACUGGACAGAUGUAUUCAGGAUCCCGACACCGGCCUGUAUAUGUUGGAUGUGGUGGACAGUAAGACGUCUCAUCUCCAGGUCCCAACUCAGCUGCAGUCCACAACCAUCCAGGUAACAACUGGCCACUUCCAAGGCAAAAAUGUAUCCGUUUGGGAACUUCUGAAUUCUAAGUACAUUUCAGCAGAAAAAAGAGAAGAGCUUCUGAAGAAGUACAAAUCUGGCAGUCUGUCUGUGGAAGAACUUACAACUAUCAUUGUCACCAUCAUUACUGAGAAUGAAGUCAUAUCAAUACCAAAGGAUAAAACAGACUCUAUGAGUCAAGAUGAACAAAUUAAAAGCUUGCUCCAGUUGGAGAAGGUUCAUAUGACUGUUGGGGACUUCAAAGGACAAACUGUAUCGCUGUGGGAACUUCUGAACUCACAUUAUGUCACAGAACAGAAGAGGAAUGACAUAUUGGAGAAAAUUAAGUCAAAAACAUUGACCCUGCAUGAAGUUGUUACUCUUAUAACCACCAUCAUUGUAGAAUCUGAGACUAAGAAGAGUGAGACGCAACAGCAAAAUAUACCGUCGAUCCAGGAACCUUCAAUGAAGUCUGACCAUCUGGUGAAUGAUGAUGAGAUCCAAAAAGCCCUACAAUGUAUUAGCAUUCGAGUUGAGAAAGGAGAGCUACGAGGUCAAGAGGUUUCAGUAUGGGACAUUCUUCACUCCAAGUACAUCCCCGAGAGUACAAGACAAGAGCUUCUUGGAGAUUAUAAAUUAACUAUCCAAGAUAUUUUAGAGCUGGUUGUUCUGUCAUUGAAAGACAUGGAAUCCAACAAGAAAAAAGCCAUGCUGACAAAAUACAACAUGAAAGAAGAGAUAUUCAGCCUUCUGCAGACCUCUGAGGCUGAAGUUCUUGUAGGACAACUCAAAGGUCAAAAACGCUGUGUGUGGGAUCUGUUAGACUCUGCAUACUUCUCUGAGGAGAAGAAGAAAGAACUUCUGGAUAAGCUGAAUUCAGGCGAUAUAAGCGUGAAUGAACUAAUCAAAAUAAUGACCACAAUAAUAGAAGAAUCAGAAAAGAGGAGUAGAAAAGUACAAUUUAAAGGUCUGAGGAGGCAGGUAUCCGCUAGCGAGCUCCUUAACUCUAAGAUCAUUGAUGAAGGCACCCUGACAGAACUGGCUCAGGGAAGAAAAACCGUGGAGGAGGUCACCCAAAUGGACACCGUAAAGAGAUACCUGGAAGGGAGGAACUGCAUCGCAGGAAUACUUGUUCCUUCCAUUAAAGAUCCUCAAAAGAAGCAAAAGAUGAGACUUUAUGAUGCUAUGAUAAGGCACAUCCUAAGACCCGGAACAGCUCUGGUGCUUCUGGAAGCUCAAGCAGCUACUGGAUUUGUCAUUGAUCCUGUAAAAAAUCUGAAACUUUCUGUAGAUGAAGCUGUAGAUGCCGGUGUUAUUGGCCGUGAACUCCAUGCCAAGCUCCUUUCCGCAGAGAAGGCUGUAACUGGCUAUACCGACCCUUACACCGGCGAUAAAAUCUCCCUCUUCCAGGCCAUGCACAAAGAUCUGAUUGUAAAAGAUCACGGAAUCCGCCUCCUAGAGGCCCAGAUCGCCACCGGUGGCAUCAUCGACCCAGUUCAUAGUCACAGGGUACCAGUGGAUGUUGCUUACAAACGGGGCUACUUUGAUGAAGAGAUGAACCAGAUUCUUUCUGAUCCCACAGACGACACAAAGGGGUUCUUUGACCCCAACACUCACGAAAACCUUACCUACCUGCAACUUCUCCAAAGAUGCGUUAAGGAUCCAGAUACUGGGCUAUGCAUGCUUGAGAUAAAGGAUAAAAAAUAUGUCAGCUCCCAGGAAUGGGAGUACUCCUUAAAGUCACAGACUGUCCAGAUGAAAGUUGGUCAAUACCUAGGGCAGAAUAUUUCCAUUUGGGAGCUCCUCAACUCUCACUACUUCUUGGGGCUAACUGAGAAGAAGCAAGAGCUUCUACAACAAUACAAAUUAGGCACUAUCACUAUUGAGGAGCUAAUUACAAUCAUUACAAAAAUCACAGAGGAAUGGGAAGAAAAGAGAAGCACGGAGCAUGUAAAUGGAUCAAGUACAAGUCGAUCAGAAACGGUCCUCCGGUCAGAGCUUAUGUCCGUCAGCAAGGGCCCAUUGCAAGGUCAGAAGCUUUCUGUAUGGGAUUUAUUGAACUCUGAGUAUUUCACAGAUACUAAAAGAGGAGAGAUUGUUGAGAAAUAUGCAGCUGGGGCUUGGACUUUACAAGAGAUUAUUCAAAUAAUCACAACUGCAAUCGAUAAAAUAGAAGAGCAAAAGCUUAUUGCGGAGGUGACAGAAGUUGAUAACAAAAUAUCCCCCGAUUCCAAAACCUGUGAGACCGCUGCAGAUAGUUUAGAUGAUCAGCAUUGCAAAGCUUUAAAUUCUAUCACAGUCAAUGCCCAGUUUGGACAGUUUAAAGAACAGAAGAUGUCCUUGUGGGAAAUUCUUUACACAAAAUACAUCCCAGAAACUACACGGAACGAUCAACUGAACAGGCACAAGGCCGCCGUUCACAAACUGAAGCAAGCUGUUCUUAAAUUAGUUGACGUUUCCGAAACAAAACCUUAUCAAGAAAUCCAGCAAGCAUUGGAAAAGAAGACCGUAGAGGUUGGAGUGGGGGAAUUCAAGGGGCAAAACCUUUCUGUGUGGUUUCUCCUAUACUCCAAAUAUAUCAGUGAGGAGAAGAGACGAGAACUGCUGGAAAAGUACAAAUCGGGGACGUUAACAGAAGAAGAACUCUUGAAGAUCGUCAUCACCAUCAUUGAGGAGACGGAGGAGAGGAUUACCAAUCUCCAGUUUCCGGGUCUCAGGACUGGGGUGUCAGCCAAAGAGCUGCUUGAAUCUAAUAUAAUUGACCAAGACACCAUGAAUGAGUUGGCACAAGGCAGCAGAACAGUAGAGCAGGUCACCCAGAUGGACUCUGUGAAGAGAUACCUCGGAGGAACCAACUGCAUCGCUGGUGUGUUUGUUACUUCAAAGAAACAUCCCUCGCAAAAGGAAAAGAUGACCAUCUAUGAUGCGAUGUUGAAACGUGUACUGAGACCAGGGACGGCGGUCGUUCUCCUCGAGGCUCAGGCAGCUACUGGGUUUGUAAUUGACCCUAUCAAGAAUAAGAACCUUUCUGUAGAGGACGCUUUAUCUGCCGGACUCAUUGGCCAUGAGAUUUAUAAUAAGCUCCUGUCUGCAGAGCGAGGAGUCACUGGCUACACCGACCCCUACACGGGACAGAAAAUUUCUCUUUUCCAGGCCAUGAAGAAAGACCUCAUUGUAAAAGAUCAUGGCAUCCGUCUACUGGAAGCUCAGAUUGCCACCGGUGGCAUCAUCGACCCAGUUCACAGCCAUCGUGUGCCUGUAGAUGUGGCUUACAAACGGGGCUACUUUGAUGAAGAGAUGAAUCAGAUCCUCUCCGAUCCGUCCGAUGACACCAAGGGUUUCUUUGACCCCAACACUCAUGAGAACCUCACAUACAUGCAGUUACUGGACAGAUGUAUUCAGGAUCCCGACACCGGCCUGUAUAUGUUGGAUGUGGUGGACAGUAAGACGUCUCAUCUCCAGGUCCCAACUCAGCUGCAGUCCACAACCAUCCAUGUAACAACUGGACACUUCCAAGACAAAAAUGUAUCCGUUUGGGAACUUCUGAAUUCUAAGUACAUUUCAGCAGAAAAAAGAGAGGAGCUUCUGAAGAAGUACAAAUCUGGCAGUCUGUCUGUGGAAGAACUUACAACUAUCAUUAUCACCAUCAUAACCGAAACCGAGUUACAGUCAGAAAAGAUAGAUGUGUCUUUGGGGAACUUUGAAGGCCAAACCAGAUCACUGUGGGAUCUUCUGAACUCUCAGUAUGUCACAAAAGAAAAAAGGGAUGACAUUUUGGAGAAAAUAACAUCAGGGACAUUAACCAUAAAAGAAACCAUUACUCUUAUUAUUAGAAUUAUGACUGAAACAGAAGCUGAAAGGAGCAAGAAACAUGAGGUAUCCUUGGAGGAACCUGUGAAACCUGACCAUUCCGUACAAGAGGAUGAACUCAAAACAGCCCUACAGAGAAUUACCAUUCAUGUGACGGAAGGGCAGACUAAAGGUCGAGAGGUUUCUAUAUGGGAUCUCCUUCACUCCAAGUACAUACCUGAAGACAAGAAGAAAGAGCUUUUAGGGAAUUAUAAAUUCACCAUUCAAGAAAUUGUUCAAUUUGUUGCGGAAUUUGUAGAAAAUUCUGAACAUAAGAGCCAAACACUACAGACAAAUUACAGCUUGAAAGAAGAGGUAUUCAAUAUCCUACAGACUGUUGAGGCUGAAGUUCCUGUAGGAGAAUUCAAGGGGCAGAGACGUUCUGCGUGGGAUCUUCUGAACUCCAAAUACUUUUCAGAGGAGAAGAGGAGAGAAAUUCUAGAGAAGCUUAACUCCGGGUCAAUCAGAGUCCAUGAACUCAUUAAAGUGAUCAUCACCACAAUAGAAGAGACAGAAGACAGAAGCAAACAACUAAAGUUCAAAGGUCUCCGGCGGCAAGUAACUGCUACUGAGCUCCUCAGCUCUGAAAUCAUAGACCAGGAAACGCUGACGGAACUGGCACAAGGAAGAAAAACCAUGGAGGAGGUCAGCCAAAUGGACACCGUAAAGAGAUACCUGGAAGGUAGGAACUGCAUCGCAGGAAUACUUGUUCCUUCCAUUAAAGAUCCUUCAAAGAAGGAGAAGAUGAGACUUUAUGAUGCUAUGAUAAGGCACAUCCUAAGACCCGGAACAGCUCUGGUGCUUCUGGAAGCUCAAGCAGCUACUGGAUUUGUCAUUGAUCCUGUAAAAAAUCAGAAACUUUCUGUAGAUGAAGCUGUAGAUGCCGGUGUUAUUGGCCGUGAACUCCAUGCCAAGCUCCUUUCCGCAGAGAAGGCUGUAACUGGCUAUACCGACCCUUACACCGGCGAUAAAAUCUCCCUCUUCCAGGCCAUGCAGAAAGAUCUGAUUGUAAAAGAUCACGGAAUCCGCCUCCUAGAGGCCCAGAUCGCCACCGGUGGCAUCAUCGACCCAGUUCAUAGUCACAGGGUACCAGUGGAUGUUGCCUACAAACGGGGCUACUUUGAUGAAGAGAUGAACCAGAUUCUUUCUGAUCCCACAGACGACACAAAGGGGUUCUUUGACCCCAACACUCACGAAAACCUUACCUACCUGCAACUUCUCCAAAGAUGCGUUAAGGAUCCAGAUACUGGGCUAUGUGUGCUAGAAAUGAAAGAAAAAACUGUACCCGGCUCCCAGCGAUGGGAAAACUCGCUGAGGUCACAGACUGUCCAGGUUAAAGUUGGUCAGUACACAGGUCAGACUAUUUCUAUCUGGGAGCUCCUCAACUCUCACUACUUCUCAAGCAUAACUGAAAGGAAGCAGAAGCUUCUAGAAAGCUACAAAUCUGGUACUAUCACAAUUCAGGAGCUAAUUUCAACAAUCAUUACGGUCAUAGAGGAGUUUGAGAGCAAAGGAAGCAGACAGUACGUGAAUGGAUCCAGCACGAGCCCGACAGACACCACUGUGCUUCAAUCAGAGCUCGUGUCCGUUAGCAAGGGCGCAUUGCAAGGUCAAAAGCUCUCCGUAUGGGAUUUGUUGAACUCUGAAUAUUUCACACAAAGUAAAAGAGAAGAGAUUCUUCAGAAAUACACCUCUGGGGUUUUGAAACUAGAAGAAAUGAUUAAAAUAAUCAUAACGGUAAUUACUGAAACAGAAGAGCAAAGGGAUAGUGUAGAGUUAUCCAAGAAUGGCAACGAAGCAUCUUCCACUUCCAAGAAGGAUGACACCAUUUCCGAUGAACAGCUCCGCAAAGCCCUAAAUGCUUUUGCCGUCAACGUUAAAGGAAGCAAUCUUCAAGAACAGAAGACGUCUCUCUGGGAAAUCCUUCACUCCAAAUGUUUCCCAGAAGAUAAACGAGAUGAUCAACUUAACAAGCACAGAGCCACUGUCGAAAAACUGAAACAAGUUCUUCUGAAAUUAGCAGAAAGCAGCCAAACAAAAAGCGAUAGUAAAAUCCAGCAAGCAUUGGAAAGGAAGACCGUAGAGGUUGGAGUGGGGGAAUUCAAGGGGCAAAACCUUUCUGUGUGGUUUCUCCUAUACUCCAAAUAUAUCAGUGAGGAGAAGAGACGAGAACUGCUGGAAAAGUACAAAUCGGGGACAAUAACAGAAGAAGAACUCUUGAAGAUCAUCAUCACCAUCAUUGAGGAGACGGAGGAGAGGAUUACCAAUCUCCAGUUUCCGGGUCUCAGGACUGGGGUGUCAGCCAAAGAGCUGCUUGAAUCUAAUAUAAUUGACCAAAACACCAUGAAUGAGUUGGCACAAGGCAGCAGAACAGUAGAGCAGGUCACCCAGAUGGACUCUGUGAAGAGAUACCUCGGAGGAACCAACUGCAUCGCUGGUGUGUUUGUUACUUCAAAGAAACAUCCCUCGCAAAAGGAAAAGAUGACCAUCUAUGAUGCGAUGUUGAAACGUGUACUGAGACCAGGGACGGCGCUCGUUCUCCUCGAGGCUCAGGCAGCUACUGGGUUUGUAAUUGACCCUAUCAAGAAUCAGAAACUUUCUGUAGAGGACGCUUUAUCUGCUGGACUCAUUGGCCAUGAGAUUUAUAACAAGCUCCUGUCUGCAGAGCGAGGAGUCACUGGCUACACCGACCCCUACACGGGACAGAAAAUUUCUCUUUUCCAGGCCAUGAAGAAAGACCUCAUUGUAAAAGAUCAUGGCAUCCGUCUACUGGAAGCUCAGAUUGCCACCGGUGGCAUCAUCGACCCAGUUCACAGCCAUCGUGUGCCUGUAGAGGUGGCUUACAAACGGGGCUACUUUGAUGAAGAGAUGAAUCAGAUCCUCUCCGAUCCCUCCGAUGACACCAAGGGUUUCUUUGACCCCAACACUCAUGAGAACCUCACAUACAUGCAGUUACUGGACAGAUGUAUUCAGGAUCCCGACACCGGCCUGUAUAUGUUGGAUAUCAAUGAUAAAAAGACGACUCUUUUCCAAAUAGACCACCAAAAGAAAAAUACAUUACAGUCUAAAAUUGUUCAGCUUACAGUUGACGAAUUCCAAGGCAAGGAUGUUUCUCUUUGGGAACUACUGUCUUCUCAGUACAUCUCGGCAGAAAAGCGAGAGGAGCUUCUGAGAAAGUAUCAGUCUGGUAUCUUUACAGUCGAAGAACUUCUUACGAUUAUAAUUACCAUCGUUACUGAGGAAGAGAAGAUUAAAAGUGUAGCUGCUAAUGGUUCUAUCAAGCACGAUGUCCAAAUUCAAGAAACGUUGAAAUCUGUCCGUGUAGAUUUACCAGAGGGAAACACCCGAGAAAAGUUCAUGUCAGUAUGGGACUUCUUACAUUCAACAUAUAUCUCUGAGGAUGAAAGAAAAGACUUGUUGGAGAAAUUCAAAUCGGGAAUGUUGACAAUUGAGGAAAUUAUUAAAAUAAUCAGAACCAUCAUACAAAGGGAGACAACGCAACUCGUGACCACAAAGACAGAAACCGUGGUAAAGGAGAUUAAAGUGAGCCCAGUUUCCGGCGGUGCUGACCACUGGCCUCCGGAAGACCAACUUCAGAAGGCUUUGGAAAUGAUUCCGUCAGACAUCUCAGAACAUCAUGUUCAGGAACGAACCCAAGACAAGUAUGUUUCCCUUUGGGAUCUUCUACAAAGUGACAACGUAUCUGAAGAUAAAAGGAGAGAACUAUUACAAACCCUUCAACGUAACGUCAGUGAGGUUUUAAGAGCUUGUACCAGCUUCAUCAGUGAAAUUGAAGACAGUUCCACCGAAUCCUUCACUAUUGAAGACCAAAAGCGAAAACUCCUAGAGACGACUCGGACUGACAUUCUGGUCGGCCAGUUCAAAGGACAGGCGUUGUCGGUUUGGGAACUGCUGUACUCCAAAUACAUCACAGCAAAGAAACGGAAGAAUAUAUUGCUGGCUUAUGUUGCAGAGACGUUGACUGUAGAGGAAAUCAUCAAAAUCAUCCUAACUGUUAUUGAAGAGACCGAAGAGAGAUUAAAAAAAAUAAAGUUCAAAGGGCUCAGAAGGCAAGUAACGGCCACUGAGUUGCUGAGUUCUGAAAUCAUUGACCAGAAGACUCUAACCGAGUUAACCCAAGGCAGUAAGACCCUCGAGGACGUCACAAAAAUGGAGUCCGUAAAGAGGUACUUGGAAGGAACCGGCUGUAUUGCCGGCGUUUUUGUUCCAUCUAAGAAAAAUCCAUCAAAGAAGGAGAAAAUGAGCAUUUACCAGGCUAUUUCGAAAAACAUCUUACGACCUGGUACUGGGCUGGUGCUUUUGGAAGCUCAAGCAGCAACUGGGUAUAUAAUCGACCCAAUAAAUAACAAAAAGAAAUCUGUGGAUGAGGCGGUGUCCGAUGGGGUGGUUGGAAAGGAGCUUCAUGCCAAGCUUUUGUCUGCAGAGCGCGCCGUGACUGGUUACACCGACCCAUACACCGAGGAAAAGAUCUCUCUCUUCCAAGCUAUGAAGAAAAACCUGAUUGUUAAAGAUCAUGGCAUCCGUCUCCUGGAAGCGCAGAUCGCCACCGGGGGCAUCAUCGACCCCCUACACAGUCAUCGCGUCCCUGUGGAGGUGGCUUACAAACGUGGCUACUUUGAUGAAGAGAUGAACCAGAUCCUUUCAGAUCCCACUGAUGACACCAAAGGUUUCUUUGACCCCAACACUCACGAGAACCUCACAUAUCUCCAAUUACUAAAAAGGUGCAUUCUGGACCCAGAUACUGGACUGUGCAUGUUGGAGGUGAAUGACAAGAGAUCACCCUUUGUCCAAAUAGACAAGUCAAUGCAAGGCUCCCUACAGUCCCGGAUCGUUUCUAUCAAGGCCGGCUACUUCCAGGGCCAGAAUGUUUCUCUUUGGGAGCUGCUCGUUUCCCCUCACCUUGCAGACAUCGAUAAAGAGCGCCAGGAGCUGUGGGCGAAAUAUAAAUCAGGUGCCAUAACUUUGGACGAUUUUGUGACCAGCAUCACAUCAGCCAUCGAGAAGGCCGAGGAGAAGAGAAGCAGCCGGAAAUCAUAUGAAUCCACAGAGAUGUUGCAAACGAGAACCGAAACCCAAAAUUUCCUGAAGUCUGUAGAGGUGGAUAGAACCGCAGGUAAUCAGCCGAGCCAAAAACGUUCACUGUGGCAACUUCUGCAUUCAUCGUACAUCACAGCUGAGAAAAGAGAGGAGCUUCUUGGAAAAUACGAAAGUGGAAGUUUAACUCUUGAAGAACUCAUGAAAAGUAUUAUGGCAAUCACAGUAGAGACGGAGAAGACAGAAGUAAGAGUGUCAAGUCAGUGCUCGGCGGCCCAGGAGAGCUGCGGUCGUGAAUUUGCACCAAUCACGAAGUCCCUGCAGUCUUUCACCAUUCCAAAUAAAGAAUUCCGAGAACAGGCUGUUUCCCUGUGGGACGUUCUUCAUUCUAAGGACGUCGGCAAAGACGUGAGGGAAACUCUCCUGAAAAGGUACCAUCUAACUGUUGUAGAGGUCAGUAAGAGCCUAAGUGACUCCUCACAGAGCACUCCUAAAACCUCGACACGGACACAUGGGGCCACGGCAGACAUAUUAAAGUCUGUGACCGUGCAGGUCAGCAUUGGAAACUUUAAACAAGAAGGCAAAACUCAUUCGCUCUGGGACCUUCUGCACUCUGAAUAUAUCUCUGAAGAGAAGAGGAAGGAGCUCAUUGAGAAGUUUGAAUCCAAAGCUUUGACUUGGGAAGAUAUAUUCAGAAUCAUUACUACCAUCAUCGAGGAGACAGAGGGAAGGAGAAGGACUUUAACGUUUAAGGGUCUGAGGAAGCAGGUAUCGGCCUCUGAGUUGGUGGAAUCUGAGAUCCUCGACCGGAGUACUCUUAUGGAGUUAACUCAAGGAACAAAGACCUUGGAAGAGGUCACUCAGAUGGAAUCGGUGAGGAGGUACUUAGAAGGAUCUGGCUGCAUCGCUGGCGUACUUAUUCCAUCCAAAAGCGACCCUUCUAAAAGAGACAAGAUGAGCAUUUACGAUGCGAUGAAGAAGCGGAUCUUGACCCCAGGAACGGCUCUUAUCCUCCUGGAGGCUCAGGCAGCCACCGGCUUCAUCGUAGAUCCUAUUGCCAACAAGAAGCUCUCUGUGGAUGAAGCGGUUGCUGCCGGGGCGAUCGGGCAGGAACUUUAUCCAAAGCUGCUGUCUGCAGAGAGAGCAGUGACGGGCUAUAAAGACCCCGGCACCGACUCCAAGCUGUCCCUCUUCCAAGCCAUGCAGAAAGAUUUAAUCGUCAAGGAUCACGGAAUCCGUCUGCUGGAAGCGCAGAUCGCCACCGGAGGAAUCAUCGACCCGGUGCACAGUCACCGAGUGCCUGUGGAGGUGGCUUACAAGCGGGGCUACUUCGACGAGGAGAUGAACCAGAUCCUUUCCGACCCCACCGACGACACGAAGGGGUUCUUCGACCCCAACAGCCAAGAAAACCUAACUUAUCUGCAGCUGCUUCAAAGAUGCAUUCUAGAUCCGGAAUCCGGGCUUCUCAUGUUGGAAGUGACGAAGAAAUAGACGACGCUGACGUCAUAACGAUGACUUCU